AGAGGCGUUGUGUGUGUUUGUGGAGUCGCGGUGUGUAUGAGUGAAACUUCAUUCUACCAAUGGAGAGUGAACCGAGAACCUGACCAGUCUGUCACUGUCCUAGUGGGUUUUGUCCAAAGAUGGCCAGGCACAACAUCUGCUACCAUGACCAGCCCAUGGCCUUUUUCUACAACAACAGCAACAUCACCUCAGAUGAAUGGGACCGCACACAGCUCAUCCUGGUUCAGUGUGUUAGUUCAAUCUGCUGUUGUUUCAUCCUGGUAGCCAAUGCCAUGAUCAUAGCAGCGGUGGUGACAAACAAGAGGUUUCACUACCCUUUCUACUAUCUCCUCGCCAACCUUGCCGCCUCAGACUUUCUCGCUGGAAUCGCUUACAUUUAUCUCAUGUUCAACACAGGGAAAAUAUCUCGUGAUCUAACCGUUCAAGGCUACUUUUUUCGUCAGGGUUUGCUGGACGCGAGUCUUUCUGCAUCUCUGACCAACCUCCUGGUGAUCGCCCUGGAGCGCUACAUCUCCAUCUUGAACUUUAAGGUUCACAGUAACCUCACCAAGCGCAGAGUGACUCUGUUGAUCGCCCUAGUAUGGGGUAUCUCCAUAUUCAUGGGGGCCGUUCCUAGUUUGGGCUGGAACUGUAUCUGCAGUCUGGAUCUGUGCUCUAAAUUGGCCCCCAUCUUUAGCCGGAGCUACCUGAUCUUCUGGUCUGUGUCCAACCUGGUGCUCUUCCUCAUCAUGGUGGGGGUCUAUGUAAGGAUUUACGUCUAUGUGGUGAAAAAGACAGUUGUCCUGAAGGCGCACACUUCUGGAUCUAUAAAUCGCAAAAGAACGCCAAUCAAGCUGAUUAAAACUGUGAUGACAGUGCUAGGAGCGUUUGUGAUCUGCUGGACGCCUGGACUGGUGGUUCUCCUCCUGGAUGGGCUGAAGUGCGAGCGUUGCGAGGUGUUAAAGUUCAAGCGCUGGCUGCUGCUCCUCGCCGUCCUCAACUCCGUCAUGAACCCCAUCAUCUACUCCUACAGGGACGAGGAGAUGUGGAACACCAUCAAAAACCUGCUGUGCUGCAGUCGCAGUGGCACGAGGCGACAACGUUCAUCCAAAGCCAACAUCCAGAGGGAAACCACCAGCAGCCUCAAAGAAAACACAACAGAAGACAGCAAAGUGUCCACGCAGGAGAUGCUCAAGUCCUGAACACUGCUUUAUCAAUCAAACUCACAAGUCUAAAUCAAUCCUGCUGCAGGUGAGAACUACUCAGUAGAGACGCCAAAGAUUAAUUGACGAUCAGUUCAUUGUUGAUAAUCCUUUAAAUCGAUACACUUUAUUGAUGGUCGAUUGAGAAUGGACGUCAUUAAUGUUUAUAGUUUUGAGGAACUGGGAAAAACACGUACAGCAGGUGUGAAGGAACAACAAAGUGAGCAUGAGUGAGUUUAUUAAAAACUCAAUUGUACUGUUCUUGGAUGAACAGCACAGGACAUCCGUUUACCAUCCAAAGAUUUUGUGGUCCAUGGACAGAUUAUCUGAAAUGGAUAAAUGUCACGUCUAAUUCAUCUGGUACAUUUAUCUCAUGAACAUGUAUUGUAUUAAUAUCUUUAUUUUUAUGUGAGGUACAUAAAGACUGAUGAAGUGGACUUCAAAACUAAAUAGCAUUAAGCCUGGUUUAUACUUCUGCGUCAAGUGAUUGGCGUGACUCA